CCCUUGCCCUUCACAGCGCCGGCCAUCGUGUGGCGGAUCCCCCCGCCCCCAUCCCUGGCCGUCAGGUCCGUGUUGGCGGUGAUCUGCCGCACCUUAGCGCCCACCGGCGGCCCCCCACCCCUAUCAGCAUCGGCCAACUCAACCACUCUGUCGAGUCGGGAGGGCCGGCUGGCGACUGGCGGCGGGAGAGAGGGGACACCCAUGGCAGCGAUCUCGUGUGCAGGGGUGGCUGGCGGUGGGGGGGAGGGACUUGGGAGGGGGGCGCUGUCUGUCUCAUCCGUGUCAGGGAGGGGGUGUCUGGCGGGGGUGGGCGGCAGCGAUGCGUCGACGCGCUCGUGAGUGGUGCGAUAAUACUCAGACAGCACGGCCGCAUUCGACGGGUCCUCCUGCCAACACAACGCCACGCAAAGAGGGCAGAUGGCUGUCUGUCUGUGUGCCAGUUGUGUGUGUGUGUGUCAGUGUACCGCUAGAAUGGCCUCCAUGUCCCAGUGGCUGCGCUGCGUCGAGUUGAUGACAUCCAAAAACAUUGGCUCGAGCCGCUCCAACUCCUGACAAACACACAAAGACACAGAGGGAGAAGGCAUUCCAUCGGGUGGUCUCAUUGCAGUGGUGUGGGCCUUUGCGCACCGUCACCAGCAGCCGAGUGGUCGGCAGCGGCAU